UGGCUGAAGGCAGGAAGCGUUUGGCGUUCGCUGGAAAAGAAAAUUUCUUUGUUGUCGUGUUUAAAUUUGUUUACGGCGUCUAUAAUCAGCAUUCUCCUUAUGAGAUUCGCCGUUUUUACAUAGUAAGUUCGGAUCUUAGGCAACUGAGUGUGUGUUAGGUGUCAAGAUCAGAUAUCAGCAUCAUCAGUGGACUUUAGUACAAUGAUAUGGUGCAGUUGAGUCCUUUUCCACUUCUCCAUUUUAUUAUCCUUCGCUGAUGGACUGUUCGCUGCUUGGUCGUCUUUAUUCUCAUCAACUUCUUAUCUUUCAUCGUACAUUUUAACUGAGGGUGAAGAAGGAAGAAAUUUCUCAAGUAUCUAAAGCGAAGAUCCUUCGAAAAACAGUCAAAAAUGAGCGUCAUAAUCAGACUACAGAAUUUGGCAUGGUCCGCCAACGCGCUGGACAUACGCCAAUUUUUCAGAGGCUUGAGCAUACCGGAAGGAGGGGUGCACAUUGUAGGCGGUGAGCUGGGAGAUGCGUUUAUAGCCUUCAGCACGGAUGAGGAUGCCCGACAGGCGAUGAUGCACGAUGGCGGCAAGAUCAAAGAGAUGAAGAUCAAGCUGUUGCUAAGCUCGCGGACAGAGAUGCAGAAAGUGAUCGAAGCGGCCCGACAGCAGACUUUGAGUCUACAAUCGUUCAUGCAAACGGCACCAGUUGCCGUUCCUCCGGUUGUUCAGAAGCCAGGAUCUCCUGGCGAUCGAAGAGAGAAAGAGAAGGAUAACGAUAGCGAAUCGAGCAAGGAUCGCAAGGACAGGCGCGACAGGUCGCGAUCCAGGGACAGGUCUCGAUCUCGUGAUCGCGACAGAGAUAGAGACAGGCGGGACAGGGAUAGGGGGCGAGAUCGGAGACGUCGAGACAGAAGUAGAUCGCGUGAUAGAGAAAGGGACAGGAGAGACAGACGUCGCCGCCGCGAUCGAUCUAGAUCUCGAGAUCGCACACGAUCCAGAGAUAGGGAUACAAAGCGUAAUUCCACGGGGGAACGUCGAAAGGACUCCAACGAUGACGAUAAUAAUGACGUAGUUUGUGUGGGUCAGUUUCAUAAGGACAAACCUGUAACUGGCGCUAAAAAGCCGCUAGAAAAUGGGAUUUGGGAAGUCCCGCCACAAACACAGAUGCAAGCUGCGAUGUUGGCACCUGGUAUUCUGGGUGCAGGCGUGGCUGCAUUGGCACAAGAUGGCGAGCAGCGUUCCAUGACAUUCGGCAAUUCGGUAAUCGGACAGCAAUCGAUGCUCCAACCGGGACAAUUUCCUAUAAAUGGAAUAAAUGGGGUUGGAGGUCUGAUGCAAUCACAUAUGCAAACACUUGGUCACACGGUGGGCAUGAGUCCGUUAUCUCAGAACGUGGGCGGUUCGAGUCUGCCUACUUUGAGCACAGGGGUCAGCCCGUUAAAUCGGCCCAAAGAGCCUUGGAAUCAGGGUGAACCGGGUAGAUUGGAUCAAGUUAGAUUUCCUGGUAGAGCAGGCCAAUUUGGAGCGGAUAUGUACAGUUCAAAUGGUUCUAUGAACUAUAGACCUGGAAUAAGACCGAAUAAUCCUUUUUUGAGUAAAGUACAAGAAUUGGAAGGUCGUCGCAAUCCACAUGCUUUUCAGGCAAAUAGUUCCCAGUUCAACUUUGACAAUGACAGGCAAGGGAAUCGUAGCGCCACAAACAAUUCCAGAUUUUCGAAUGAGAAUAAAAAUAGUGGCGGUGGUGGACACUGUGUAGAGGUUCGUAACAUGCCAUUAAGCGCUACGUACAAUGACGUGCGUCAUGCGUUUCAGGGUAUUUAUAUCAGAAAAGAUGGACUGAAAUUGAUCAACGAUAAUCAUGGCAAUCGCGUUGGUAUUGCUUACGUCAAAUUCAGUAAGGCUGAGGGUAAGGAACUCGCUUUGAGCACGACUAGAUUUGUCAGAGGAUCAGAGGUGGAAGUUUUGCACCUCGACGAAAGUAUUUUCGACAAAGCGGUUGAUUCUUACUCUCCUGAGAAAGAAAGAGACCGUGGAGAAGAUGGAAUCGAGGAUAUCAGAUCCUCUACUUGUAUUUUGUUGACUGAUUUGCCGUCCUUCACCAAAGAAAUGGAUAUCGCUAAACUGUUUCAUGAUUGGAAAAUUAACGAUCUAUUCAUCACCAGUACCAAAGAGUCCGGAAGUGUUCAAUGUAUGGCCUAUGUGCAAUUUGCCAGAAUAGAAGAUGCAAAGGCGUCUGUGAAUACGUCCUUGAAAAUCGGCAAUAAACCAGUGACCGCGACGGCGAUCACUGAGGAGAAGUUUGCUCAAGCGAAACGUGAUCACGAGCAGAACAGCAUGAAUCAAACUGCCAGUUCAGAUUGCGUUAUCAUGCGGGGCCUCCCGUUCCAGACAAUCGACCGUGACAUUCUGGAUUUCUUCUCUGAUAUUGGAAUCGUUCCUCAUCGAAUACACAUGUUGCUCAAUCAAAAUGGGAAACCCGCUGGCGAGUGUUUCUGUGAGUUCGAUACAGCGGACGAAGCCCUCAGAGCCACUGCGAAGAAUGGUUUACCUUUUGGAAAGAACGUGCCAACCAUAGAACUGGUUCCACGCGCCAAGAUGUUGGAAACAUUAGGAAUGGUAGAUCCUCAAAUCAUGGAGACACAACAGCAACAUUUUCCACCACUCCAGGAACAGCGGCCACGAUUCUCUGGGCCCAUGAAUCAUUUACCCCGCUUUGGAAAUUCUGGAUUUGGACCUAGGUGUCCUCCUGGUUUAAUGGGUAUACCUAGACACAUGUUAGGUCGACAUCCAGGUUCAAUGGAUUACGUAGAAGGAUUUGGUAAACCUGGUUGUGUAUUGUCUUUAGAGAACGUUCCUUUUAAGGCAGAUAUUAAUGAGAUCAUCGAGUUCUUUGGUGAUUUUGAUGUAAAGAGAGAAAAUGUAAUACGUCGGUAUAACGAAAGAGGUAUGCCUACGGGUGACGCUAGGGUGGCAUUUGCAUCGCCAAGUGAAGCACAAAGAGCCUUAAGAGAAUUAAAGCAUUGCAAGAUGAGAGACCGCACGAUAUACAUGAAGCUCGCGUGAACAUUCUCGCUGAGUGUUGCUAGGUCAAGUGCACAAUCUACGAAGAAAUUCCGACAGGAAUUCCAGAAGGAGUUGAUUAUAAGUCGGUCUUUAGAAGAGUGAAAAAGAUAACAGUAUCUAAGAUAAUCAAUAAAUGGGACCGAUUGUACUCGACAUUUAUUUGAUUUAUAUGGGAUCAAUAUAGAUGCAUCAAGAACGAUCCAAUCAAAAGCGGAGGAAGGAAUGCACGUGGUUCGAGAAAAAAUUGAUUUUUCGUGGAUGUAAUAUAUUCGUUUACAAAGAGUUUACGAUAUUUUUUAUUCAUCUGCAGUCUUCAUUCUCCUAUUCUUAAGUUUUGUAUAUAGAAGUCUAUAUUGUGUUAAGGACACGAAUUUGGAUCGUUCUCAUUUCUUCGGUGACCUGACAGUCAUUCUUUGCGUCAUUGCUUGCUAGUGAUUAGUUAAAAUAAUUACUCGCAGUGAUUUGAGAUUUAAGAAAUUUCAGCAAUAAGCAAUAGUAGAGGGAAUUUUUGUUCUCUUAGAAUUAUUUCCAAGAAUUAUCUUUGAGAUAAAGCGGA